GAAAUCCCUAGUUCCCGUCAGAAUUGUCAAUUUUCCAGUCUCUCUCUCUCUCCGGCUUCUGCGAUUUGUGCCAUUUCUGUCAGUAUACUUCCCUGGAGACCAGAGGAGAUAAUCCCUAGCUCUGCUUGUGAAGGGAAGUUCUCGUUCUGCUCAUCUGCUGCUGCUACUGUUUCUUCCUCGUCUUCGUCCCACGAUGAACUGUGCAAUUUCCGGAGAAGUCCCGGAGGAGCCGGUGGUGUCGACAAAGUCCGGUUUGCUCUUCGAGAGGCGGUUAAUCGAAAGGCAUAUAUCGGAGUAUGGGAAAUGCCCAGUUACAGGUGAACCACUUGCCAUGGAUGACAUUGUUACCAUCAAAACUGGGAAGGUUGCUAAACCUAAACCAUUGCACACGGCUAGUAUUCCUGGUUUACUCGGGAUGUUCCAAAAUGAAUGGGACAGUUUGAUGCUAUCAAAUUUUGCCUUGGAGCAACAACUACACACUGCUAGGCAAGAGCUAAGCCACGCUUUGUAUCAGCAUGAUGCUGCUUGUCGUGUGAUUGCCAGGCUUAAAAAGGAAAGGGAUGAGGCACGGGCAUUGCUUGCAGAGGUUGAAAGACAGAUACCUGCAGCACCACAAGUUAUGACAGCUAAUGUUGCAAUUAGUAACGGAAAACGAGGUGCUGAUGGUGAAGAAUUGGGGCCUGAUGGGAAGAGAAUGCGUCCUGGAAUUUCAGCUGAAAUUAUCACCGAACUAACAGAUUGUAAUGCAGCUCUAUCGCAGCAGCGUAAAAAGCGACAGAUUCCUCAAACAUUGGCUUCACUUGAUGAUCUGGAGAGGUUCACGCAGCUCUCAAGCCACCCACUUCACAAGACCAGCAAGCCUGGCAUUAUUUCAAUGGACAUCCUCUAUUCUAAGGAUGUAAUUGCUACAGGAGGAGCUGAUACAACUGCCGUUCUCUUUGAUCGCCCUUCAGGACAAAUCCUUUCUACAUUGAGUGGUCACUCAAAGAAGGUCACAAGUGUUAAAUUUGUCGGCGACACUGAUCUUGUUUUGACUGCUUCAGCCGACAAGACUGUCUGUGUCUGGAGAGGUUCUGAAGAUGGAAACUAUGAUUGUAGGCACACCUUGAAGGAUCACUCUGCGGAGGUGCAAGCUGUUACUGUUCAUGCUACAAAUAAGUACUUUGUCUCAGCAUCUCUUGACAAUACAUGGUGCUUCUACGAUCUGAGCUCCGGUCUAUGCCUUGCUCAGGUCUCGGAUGGUUCCGAGAAAAUGGGUUACACUGCUGCAGCUUUUCAUCCCGAUGGUCUCAUUCUGGGAACUGGUACCUCUCAAUCGAUUGUGAAGAUUUGGGAUGUAAAAAGUCAGGCAAAUGUGGCUACCUUUGAUGGACACUCGGGUUCAGGGCCUGUUUCUGCUGUAUCAUUCUCCGAAAAUGGCUAUUUCCUCGCGACUGCUGCUGGGGAUGGUGUUAGGUUGUGGGAUCUGCGGAAGCUCAAGAACUUCCGGUCAUUUGAUUUCACUGCGAACUCUGUGGAGUUCGAUCACAGUGGAUCGUACCUUGGAAUUGCUGGAUCUGAUAUAAGAGUAUACCAGACAGCCAGUGUGAAAGCAGAGUGGAACCUCAUCAAGACUUUGCCUGAUCUCUCCGGCACAGGCAAAGCAACUUGCGUGAAGUUUGGCGAAAACGCAAAAUACAUAGCAGUUGGUUCAAUGGAUCGAAACCUCCGGAUAUUUGGUCUCCCUGGGGACGAAAACGCCGAUGAUGCUUCGGCUGCAUCAUCAGACUCGUGAAAAUCACCAUCACCAUCGUCGUCGUCAUCAUCAUCAUCAUCAUAGAUAUGAUUAUCACCUGAUUCUCUCUGGCUUAGUGUCGUAUUUAGAAGUUUCUCUCAAUAUGGCUGCGCUGCAUUCCUCUGGGCGGCAACGGUAGGGAGAAAUUUAUGGUCUCAAGUAGUGGUCAGUCACUUGGUUGUGUUUCUGCUUCUCUCCAUCAUAUAUCUGCUGAGCUUUUUUUUUUCAUAAUUAUUAUUACCUUUUAGUCGGAUAGCCCUUUUUUUUUUUAACAUUGUAUCAUCAAAAUAUGUUGUCCUUGACAAGCUUUUUCUUUUUUUAAAUUAUUAUUGUUGUUUAAACUAUAAGCUCUUGAGUUCAGGCAAAAGCUGCGUCUGUUAUGAGAUUUUGUCAGUCACUCUGUAAAGGUA